AUGGCUCUCCUUCCCUUUCUUUGUUGUCUCUUUGUCCUAGUUGUAUCUCAAGCCAAAGCCAUAGAUCCUUUUUCAUGUGAUAGCAAUAGAGGUAACUACACAGCCAACAGCACCUACGACAAGAAUCUUAAAACCCUUAUAUCCACUUUCUCUUCUCAUAAAGAAAUUAACUACGGAUUCUACAAUUUCUCAUAUGGCCAAGAUCCAGACAAAGCAUACGUCAUAGGGUUGUGUCGUGGAGAUCUUGAGACAAAUAUUCAGUGUCUCACAAACAUAAAUAAUUCCUUUGCCUAUCUUAAAAAACAGUGUCCAAAUCAAAAAGAGGCAAUUAUGUGGAGUGGUGAUGUAACUUUGUGGUACUCAAAUCGCUCAAUAUUUAGCCUCGUAGAAACUGACCCUACAAUGUAUUUGAUCUUUGAAUUCGAAAGGAUUGCAACUAAUAUGGAUGCAUACAACAAAGCACUGAGUAACUUGAUGGCAAAACUUAGAAUCAAAGCUGCUUCAGGUGACACUCGUCGGAAAUACGACGCCGAUACUGGAAUUGAUCCCGUGAAUUAUGAAACUAUAUACGGUUUUGUGCAGUGUAUGCCUGAUUUGUCUGGGCAAGAAUGCAAUGACUGCCUGGCCGAAGCAAUUUCAGAAAUUCCAAAUUGUUGUAGUCGCAAGAUGGGAGGAAAUAUUCUAAAACCAAGUUGUCGUCUAAGAUUUGAUCCUUAUCCCUUCUACAAUUCAACCGUUGUGUUAGACUCACUACCAUCAACCAAUAACACUUCUUUAGGAGGAAAUAGUAAAACACCAAUCGUCAUCGCCAUAGCAGUGCCGGUUGCUGCGGUGGUUUUGGUACUUAUUUUUAUAUGCAUCUAUUUAGGACUCAGAAAGCCCAAACAAAAUUGUGAAGCUUACAUUGGAAAAUAUGGUGAUGGUGAUGGAGAUGAAGAAGAAAUGACAAAUGUUGAGUCAUUGAGAUUUAACUUUAAUUUCAUACUAGUUGCUACAAAUGGUUUCUCCGAUUCUAAUAAACUUGGACAAGGUGGAUUUGGAGUGGUUUAUUUGGGAAAACUGCCUAAUGGACACAUGAUUGCUGUUAAAAGGUUGUCAACAAAUUCUUCCCAAGGAGAUGAAGAAUUUAAAAAUGAAGUAUUAUUAGUAGCGAAGCUUCAGCAUCGAAAUUUAGUUAGGUUGCAGGGUUUUACUUUAGAAGGAAGAGAAAGACUACUAAUUUAUGAAUAUGUUUCAAAUAAAAGUCUUGAUUUCUUCAUAUUCGAUGCAACCAGGAAAAAACAGUUGAAUUGGGAAAAACGCUACAAUAUCAUAAAUGGUAUUGCUCGAGGUCUUCUUUAUCUUCAUGAAGACUCCCACCUACGCAUUAUACAUCGUGAUCUCAAAGCAAGUAAUAUUCUUUUAGAUGAUGAGAUGAAUCCUAAAAUAUCUGAUUUUGGAUUGGCAAGAUUGUUUAUUAAAGGCGAAACUCAAGGAAGUACAAAUAGAAUCGUUGGAACCUAUGGAUAUAUGGCACCAGAGUAUGUAAUGCAUGGAGAAUUUUCUGUAAAAUCAGAUGUUUUUAGUUUUGGAGUAUUAGUUCUUGAGAUUAUCAGUGGGCAUAAAAACAGUGCAAGCAUUUGUCACGGGGAAAAUGUGGAAUAUCUAUUGAGCUAUGCGUGGAGAAGCUAG